AUGACUGAUUUUAUGAACCUGACAGAGAGCACGACAUAUUUCGGAUUCGACGACGUCAGUGGAACAGAUUACAAUAACAGUAGUGAUGAAGGAGGAGGAGGUGGUGGGGAUGGGGAUGGUGGUUAUGGAGGUAAACCUAUGAUCUGGGUAAUUCUUGAAGCCCUUAUUGGCUUCCUUGGCGUUUUAGGAAAUGGACUCGUACUUUUUGUUUUCUUCAAGGACAAGUCUCUUCGGAAUCUCAUCAACUCGUUCAUUAUCAAUCAAUCCAUCAUCGAUUUCACCACGUCUUUUGUAUUCUUGCUGAUCUGUUUCCUGCCGAAGAUUACGUUAGACCCAACCAGCUUGGCGAACCUCAUCUUCUGUCAAAUCUGGGCCUCUGAGUACGUCCUCUGGGCCCUUUUUAUUUCAUCGAGUCUCAAUCUCGUCAGCAUCACGCUCGACCGGUACUGUGCCAUCAUCUACCCGGCGAAAUACCGCAGUUCUGCCAAGAAGCUAAAACGGCGGAUCAAGUUGAUUUCGGUAGUGACCUGGUCUUCCGGUUUCGUCCUCGACUGCUACUGGCCCGCCAUCCAUGUCAUCCAUCCUAUCUAUGGCUGCAUUCCGGGUUGGCCCAACAAGAUCAUGCAGGGAGUAAUCGGCGUGUUCAUCUUUUUCAUAACAUAUGCUGGCCCUCUGGGUGUGAUGGGGUUCAGCUAUAUCCGCAUCUUGUCCAAACUGCGGAAGCCAAUCGGUCAACCUGCUCCGACAGUGUCUUCUAAAUCCACAAAUUCAAAUACAUGCGAUAGAGCCAUGCAUCCACCGAAAAGGGGCAGGUCGGAGAGAAGCGAACGGGCCUCUCGUAAUGUCAUCAAGACGAUGCUUACAGUUUCUCUUACCUACGCCAUCUGCUGGGCUCCUAUCGCCUUCAACUACUUGGUCUACAACCUCGGUGGGCCCUUGGACUUUCAGGGAAUCUGGUACGCCGUAACGAAAAUUUUUGUGUACGCUAACUUAUGCGCGAAUCCCUUCAUCUACACGAUGCAGUAUCAACAGUUUCAAAAAGGAUUCGAGAGGGCGUUCAAGGUGAAGAUAUUCAAAGGUUUGCCGGACAGUACUGAUCCUACCAAGACGCAACCAAGUGUCGCUUCUGAUGAUCGUCAAGCUGAUGUCUCUGUAUAG